AUGUUUACAGCAGAUCAAAUGAUACGACUGAAUGGGUUUCCUUUCCUCGACAAAGAAGAAUACUCAUUUGGGGUCCCUGUUGCAACGGUCAUGAGGAAAGAUCUUGUAGUAAUAACGUCGUCAGGACAACGUCUUGAUGAAAUAGAUCAAAUGCUUUCCGAGACAAAUUUCCAAGGAUUUCCUGUUGUCCAAGACCGGAAAAACAUGAUUCUUCUCGGAUAUAUAGGCAGAUCCGAACUCAGAUAUGCUAUAGAUAAAGCAAAACAUAUCCGUGGCGUAUCCAAUAGUGCACAUUGUUUCUUCAAUGGCGAUGAUAACAGCAAUUAUUCAAACCUUGAUAACUUUGGCGAGAGCUCCUCAAACUUUAUAGACUUUGGACAAUUUAUAGACCAGACACCAAUAACGGUCCAUCCUCGUCUUCCACUGGAAACUGUUAUGAAUCUUUUCAAAAAACUGGGCCCCCGAGUCGUACUCAUCGAACAUUCAGGGAAACUUGUGGGACUCGUUACUGUAAAAGAUGUGUUAAAAUAUAUCGCGUGCAAAGAUGCAGAGGGGGCAAAUAGAGCCACAGCUACAGGGUCCACAGAAGAUGAAUAUGACAUCCUUGCUGAUACAAAUUCUAGACGACGGGGUUUAACAUUACUUGAAUUAGGUAGACGAAGGGGCAGCGAUUGGUAG